CCCAAGCCAGAUGCUGUCCACACAUCGCAGGCUGCAUUCAGAAGGCACUACAGCACCUAAACCAAAACCUGACAUUUUAACCUGGCUUCUUUAAAGUUACCCUUGGGAUGAAAAAUCCAAUAGAUGGAGCAUCUCAAAGGUGCUUAUUUAUUUUUAUUGCAUUUUUUAAAAACAAGAAAGAAAGGGUUUUUUUCUGAAACUUAACAGCAGGGGAGAAGGGGGGAGGGAGGGGAUUUGGGAGCUGACCAGCCCAGGCUGAAAGGAGAUUUGGAGCUGGUUAGCACAAGAGGGAGAAGAGGGAUUUAGGGGCUCUCCAGGGGGGUAUUGCAUCAAAUUACUCCAGAAGAAGGUUUGAAAUUGACCUGCCUAACAGGAGAGGAGAUUUGCCAUCAGCUAGUUCAGGACUUGUCUGAAACCAGGGAGAGAGAGAAAGAACGAACUCAUCAGGUUUGGAGAAUUCAAUAGGAGAAAUGCCCAGCUCCAGGGUCUGGGGAUGAGGAAAUGGAGCAGCUCCAGCUCAGCUCGCUAGAAGGAUUCAUCUUCAACACACCUCUUUGAAGAAGAAGUUUGGUGGCUCCACGGUUGUCUCCAGCGCCAGCAGCUCUCUUCCCCCCUUGCCAGCCAGCCACCUCCUCCUGCGUCCAGCUCUCCCAGCAAUGGAGCCGGGUUGGGAGAGGAACAGCACUCCCUGUAGCAACCCGGGGGACGUCCUGACCCAGACAGGGGAUCUCAACUGGACUCUCUUCCACACCCGGGAUGAGGAGCUAGCCCAGGCCGAGAUUGGGGUGCUGGCCACCAUCCUGGCAGUUGCCGCUGUGGGCAACUUGGGGGUGCUGCUGGCCAUGUACCGGCUGAGGAAGAAGAUGAGCAGGAUGCAUCUCUUCAUCCUGCACUUGGGACUGACUGACCUGGGAGUGGCGCUUUUCCAGGUGCUGCCCCAGAUGAUCUGGGAGGUGACCUACCGCUUCUUGGGGCCCGACCUGCUCUGCAGGGCCGUGAAGUACCUGCAGGUGCUGAGCAUGUUCGCCUCCACCUACAUGCUCAUCAUGAUGACCCUGGACCGCUACAUGGCCGUGUGCCACCCGCUGCGCACCCUGCAACAGCCAGGCAGGCAGGCCUACCUGAUGAUCGGGGCCACCUGGGUGCUCAGUGGCCUCCUCAGCCUGCCCCAGGUCUUCAUCUUCUCGUUGCGGGAGGUGCACCAGGGCUCUGGGGUGCUGGACUGCUGGGCUGACUUCAGGUACCCCUGGGGCGCCCGGGCCUACAUCACCUGGACCACGCUGUGUGUCUUUGUUGUGCCCGUAGGCAUCCUCACCAUCUGCUAUGGCCUCAUCUGCCACGAGAUCUGCAAGAACCUCCGGGGCAAGACGCAGAGCGGGGCAGAGACGGGAGUGGGGUGCCCCUGCGGCCAGGCGUCCCGGGUGAGCAGCAUACGCACCAUCUCCAGGGCUAAGAUCCGCACGGUGAAGAUGACCUUUGUCAUUGUGCUGGCCUACAUCGCCUGCUGGGCGCCCUUCUUCAGUGUGCAGAUGUGGUCAGUGUGGGACGAGAAUGCCCCCAAUGACGAGUCCACCAACGUGGCAUUCACCAUCACCGUGCUGCUGGCAAGCCUCAGCAGCUGCUGCAACCCCUGGAUUUACAUGUUCUUCAGUGGGCACCUCCUGCAUGACAUGCUAUGGUACGUCUCCUGCUGCAGGAGCCUCCGGCCUGGCCUCAAGAGGCGAGUCUCCAACGGGAGCCUCUGCAGCAGGAAAACCACCAUCCUGACUCAGAGCCACCGAACCGCCACUGCUGGGAUCCAGCUGCAGCAGGGGAACUUGAAAGAUUUCGACCAGUCCUACGAGGACAUGGUGAUGGAGGCAGGUGUGCUCUAGAACUGCUGCUCGCACCAGCUGCCAUUGCGGGAUGCAUGCCCCUGUUUGCAUACUCCUCGCUGCUUGCCUGUCACUCCGAACUUGGAAUGGAUGUGGGACUAGAGAAUAUGCACCAUGCCUCCUGGGUGGGGUGGGGGAAGGAAAGUCUCUUUGCAUCAGGCAGAGUUUUAUUCUGCAGGAACCUGUGCGUUUAACCAGGCAAGCACCACGGUGUCCCUCUUGUCCUUAUGUGCUUUGAUACUGUGCAGAAGCAGCAUCUCUUUCACUCUCUUUCCCAUGCACCAAGGAAAUCAGGUCUGGUCCCCCUUCCGCCUGCCCCUGAAACACCAGGAGAAGCGGUCUAGUGAAAAGAUAUGGUCAAUGCGCCUCUUAAAUAAUAGGGCUUCCCCCUCCCCACCUUCAAGGCUGUUCUACCUAGAAGUGGAUAUAAAAACAAGCAUCACUGAAGCUUUUACUCAAUCCUUACUGAAGCAAAGCUUCCACUGAAGUCUUGGGCCUGAUUCUCACACCGGUGUGUGGCGGGAGUCAGCCCACUGAUGUUAAUGGGCUUCCACCCGUGGACAGUGAGAGGCCAAUCAGGCCUAUAGACUACAAUGGACGCUUUGUCUGAGUAAAGCAGGAUUUGGUGCAUUGCUAUGAAGGGUCCCUUACACUGAGCUGUAUAAACCAGCCCCCUGCCCUCAGGGCAUAGCAGUCCAAUUCUGGGGGGCCACAGUUCACAGGGCCGGCUCUAGGUUUUUUGCCACCUCAAGUUCAGGUGGGGCUGGGGCUCGCAGAUGGUGCUGGAAGUGGAGGGAGUGAUGUCAUCUUCUCCCAGCUUUCCCCCCUCCCCUGCCCGGCCACGCAGAGAAGCCCCGAGAUAAGGAGUGGCACAAGGCGGCACAGCCCCAGCUCCCCGGCAGGACUCUCCCUCUCCUCCCCAGGUAGCGGCUGGGCCCUGGCAGCUCAGCAUCUCGGGGCUGGGGCUUCCCCUUCCCACUGAGGCUGGGGGCGCUCCACCCUCGCCCCAUCUAAGUAGCGCAGCUCCAAGAGUGCAACUGUCCUGAAAAAAAAGGAUGUCUGGAAUGCCACCCCUGGAAAUGUGCCGCCCCGAGCACAUGCUCACUUUGCUGGUGCCUAGAGCCGGUCCUGGCAGUUCAGAGCCACAUGGGUGGGCCCUUAUGCUUGCUCAGAUCUGAUCACAGGAUCAAUUAAAGGCAAAGAGUCUAUUCUUGUGCUAUUCAAUUCAAUGGCCAGACUCCCCUUGGCUAUAAUAGGAGCAGGAGCAGGCUCUCAGGGCCAAGCCCUGCUGUCAUUUACACCACUGUCAAUCCAGAGUAACUCUCCGGGUGUCCAUGGGAUGGUUCCAUGUUUCUUUUAAAUAAGAUGUCAAUUAAAGUUCCUGUAAAGUGGCUGGCGCUAAUAGCAAGAGGCAGCUCAGCUAAGCCUGCCUGAAAGUUCAUUAAAAAUAAUUACGCAGCCUAUGGACAUGGUUCGCUCGGAGAGAAGAAAAUUCAGCUCCUCCAGGUCAAAAUGUACCUUUUGCAAUGUGUUAGCUGCCCAUUCUGUGAAUAGCUGUGUGCGACGCUGCCCCCUGCUGCAGUGCAGGUGUAAAGAGUUCCCUCUGCAGGCUAACUCCAUUGAGGUCACUGGAGUUUUAUUAAUUAUGGUCGCACCCAGGAACCCCAGCCAGGGACCAGGACCCCUUUGUGCUAGGCGCUGUACAAACACAGAACAAGAAGACAGGCCCUGCCCCACAGCACUUACAAUCUACUGCUGUAAAAACAUUGUAAGCGAGCAGAGAGUCAGGCGAAGCGUUUAGGAGCCUGAUUCACUGUUACUUUGCCCCCUGUGCAGCCAUUUACACCCAUGUAAAGGGUGUGUAAAAUGCUGCCAGAUCAGAAUGGUGGCAUUUCACACCGACAUUGCACUGGCAUGAAUUCUUUCGCUUUA